CGCCCGUGUUGGGAGUGGAUAUGCUGCCUGAACCAAUUGACAAGAAGGAGCGGAGUUCCAUGCAGUUGGUCUGUGACGCCAAGCAGACGUACACCAUCAGCUUCCAUGGAAUGUACGUCGACUUUAUGAAGUGGAAAGGAGUGAAUUUCCCGGGUAUGCGCGACGUUGAGAUCAGCUCACUUAUCGGAAAAAUUGCGCUUCGCAUGGUGGCUUACACCGUCCCCAGGGCUUAUGAAGGUCCCCACACGGAAGCUCUGAAGAAGUAUUGCUUCUGCUUCGAGAUGAGAAACAACGGAGAAGAUAUCCUCUACCCACCGGAAGAUAAUAUCAGUGUGCAAUCCAGUACCUUCAGCAAUGUCUAUGCAGAUGUGGUAUCGAAACCUGUUCCCAAGGCUGUGAUGGAGCAAAGGAUCCUCGAGAUGACCAAACGCGCGUCUAUAAUGGAAUUAGAAGAAAUCCCCAACAACAGUAUCACGGUGGACUGCAAUAUGUACUUGCUGGGAUCGAGCGCAAACUAUGGCGUUUGGUUUGUUCUAAAGGUGACUCAUGAGAAAGGGCAGUCCUGGGCGGUCCUUCGACCGGCCGAAAGCUUCUGUGAAUUAGAGGACCUCCACAAUAGGCUGAACAAGGCAGAAACAGCCUCAGAUAGCGCCGGAUUUACCGAAUUCAGAAUAUCCAGUUUCUACCACUCUGGUAAGCGCAACGCCGACUGCACCAUCCCCUUAUCGGAGAUUCUGUUGUGCCAUCCAUGCGAUACCAACCCCUUUGAGGGGGCCUUCCUUGAAGUGCACACACUAGGUAUCGUGUACUACAUCGCAUACUCGACUGCUGCCAUUAGAGACCAGUGGAUGAAUAAAAUCCAGGCCCAAACCAGUGCCGUUUUGGCGGCGAGUUUCUCGCAAGGAAGCAUACAGCUGAAGGACGAUCAGUCCAUGAUUGCGUCUCUCUCCGCCAGCGCGCGCGCUAAUUUUGGCGGGCUCCAAAAGACACACACCUUGGGCCACGCCCAUCAGGGCUCCCGAGCACGGAUCAAGAACAAGGCCAAGCGCAUAUCCUCGAGUGCACAUGAUAAGGUGCUAAAGCCUAUCAAGCACGUGGCAGGGAGAGGCAGAGAUAAGGGAUCCACCGGCGACCUCGACAAACUGGGCAAAAUCAGUGACAGUCUUAUGACGUACAACUCGGAGGCCAGCAUGCACAACACGACACCUAUUCUCUCCAAUAACGCCACACCGGAACCCUCAGAACCACCAUCACUGAAUGGCAGUAUGUCUGAGUUCGAAGGCUCAUCCGCGGCCAUACCCAUCACCGGAGCCCCGACCGACGACACGCUCGAAGUAUCGCUGCAUCCCUUACCACGCACACCCGAGCCCAUUGACUCUCCCAACGCAGCAAGGCAGAAGUGUACGACCAAGGUUCACUCGCACAAACUGUCUACGGCUAGCGCGCACUUAGACGAUAGUCAGACAGUUGUGGUGUCGAAUAUAGCUCCGGCGAUGGUAGGUAGGAAUCAGCGAUCGAGUAGUGUCGCGACGGCCCCAUUGGAGUCCGUGGAUGAGAACCUGUCGAGCACGUUUUUGGAACCAGAGAACCCUGCGGAUAUGUACCUCGUUCGAUCUAAGUCUCGCUGGAAGUCGAACCGUAUCAUCCUCAACAAUCGCUUGAUCUACUUCGAGCUUCUCCAACCACUCACUCACCCGUGCGCGCUCAUCUCUGCCGCCUUGCUGCUCGUGCUUGGGUUGAACCAGAACUCCUCCAAGAGCAUGAUUGUGUCGUACCUGGACUGUGUGUCUGCGCUGAAGCGUAUCUCUUUACAGCAACUGGCAGUGAUGGAUCCCUCGGAACGCAAGGCGUUUUUUCUAAAUCUGUAUCAUUGUAUCGUUGCGCACUAUCUGCUGGUCAUGGGGACGCCAUCCUCUACCCGGCGCGGUAUAUCCGAGUUCUACGACGAGUGUAGUAUGCAGGUGGGGAAAAAUGUCUUCUCACUAUCAGAGAUUGAGAACGGCAUCCUGCGUGCGGCAAUGACACCCCCAAAGAAGUCCAUGCGAUACAAUCCGCAAAAGGCGAUAUCAAACGAGCUGAGACAGAUACUAGGGGCGCAGCAGGUGGAUCCGAGAUUAGCCAUGGCUGUCAACUAUGGCACCAAAACAUGUGGCCAGUCGGUAUUCAUAUACUCCGACGACCCAGAUGUACUAGACAGCCAACUAAACUCCGCGGCCCGUAUCUUCAUCCAGCGUAAUGUAAUGGUGGACACAAAAAGGAAUACAGUCACACUCCCCAAAGUAUUCGAGGUUUAUUCUGCCGAUUUUGGAGCAACCAAACUUGAGAUGCUGGAUGUACUGCGCAAAUAUGCCGACAAAUACACGGCCCAGGAAAUCGGGAAAGUGUGUGAGGUGAUGAGGGAGAAGGAUGCCAAGUUCAAGAAAGGCGACAUCUCAUGGAUAAACAACCUCGACUUGCGCGAAGGCCGCCUUGCCCACCUGGAUAGCUCUAACUAAUGCGCCAUCGUAAACCUAGUCGUUUGAGGAAUAUAAUUUAAUAUGGUAGAUCGGAUUUUAUAGUAAACUGUUUGUGCACCAACACACUCAAGUCAUCGACUGCUCGGUACUGGGUGCAAAGCAGGUCACGGCAAAUAAAAUAGCUUAAUAACAAAGACCCCUAUCAAGAGCGUAAGCAGGGUCAUAGAUAUCUAUAUAAAGACAACAUGUAGCGC